AAAAGGGAGUAUUGUUUUUGGAAUUGGAAACUACAAAGGCAAAUCGCUUGCCAAAGUCUCAGCUGCAAACGUGAGAUUUGGGAUACUAGGAGAAAACAGAAGAACUUCUGGAACGCCAAGAACUGCCGCUCCAUCUCUCUAGGGUUCAGUAAUGGCCGGGCAAAACCAGCGCUUAAAUGUGGUCCCUACUGUGACAGUGCUUGGCGUAGUCAAAGCUCGCCUUGUUGGGGCCACGAGAGGCCAUGCUUUGCUCAAGAAAAAAAGUGACGCUCUAACUGUGAAGUUUAGACAGAUCCUAAAGAAAAUCGUUUCCACUAAAGAAUCGAUGGGAGAGAUCAUGAAAACUUCUGCCUUUGCUCUAACAGAGGCCAAAUACUCAGCCGGCAACAACAUUAAACACACUGUUCUUGAAAAUGUGGGGACUGCAACUCUCAAGGUGCGUUCCCGUCAAGAAAACAUAGCUGGUGUCAAGCUCCCUAAGUUUGAGCAUUUCUCUGAAGCAGGAGAGACAAAGAAUGACUUGACAGGGUUAGCCAGGGGCGGGCAACAGGUCCAAGCCUGCCGUGUUGCCUAUGUCAAAGCAAUCGAGUUGCUUGUUGAGCUGGCAUCCUUGCAAACAUCGUUUCUCACACUUGAUGAGGCAAUCAAGACCACAAACCGGAGGGUUAAUGCGCUUGAGAACGUUGUCAAGCCGAGGCUGGAGAACACAGUUAACUACAUCAAGGGAGAGCUUGAUGAGUUGGAAAGAGAGGACUUCUUUAGGUUGAAGAAGAUACAAGGGUUCAAGAAGAGAGAGAUUGAGAAACAGAUGGCUGCCGCUAGAGAGUUUGCUGGGGAGAAGGCCGCUGAGGAUUUGUCUUUGAGAAAAGGCGUUUCGCUUGGUGCUGCACAUAACUUGCUUUUGACCCCACAGCAUGAUGAGGAUAUCAUUUUCUGAGAUGGAUGGAUGGUAUAUAUACAGAGACAUUGUUGAUGGACAAAUCUCAUCUGCUGAAUAAGACAGACCUAUCUGCAGGCCCGCUUUUAUUCUUUGAACCAUUUGGAUGCAACUUCAAAUGUUUAUUACUUUGUGAAUUUGAAUGUUGUUGUUGUUGUUGAAUGACAGACAACUUUGAUUUCUGCAGUAUGGAUGAGUUACUUUAUACUCUUGAUUAAUAUGAAUGUAUCUUGUGCAUUUUGUUUCUUUUCCCAGCAGUUCAACUGAUGUGAGCUUAAUACUAUAUAUAUGUACAUAAUAAUGCGAAAACUU